UAAUCAAAACAAAUCCUGAAAAACUUCUUUGGUCAUCCAGCUCUAAGGCAGCUUGGUUCCCGUUCAGUGUGUAAAAUUUAUUUUCUACCUUUGAAUAUAGCAGACAUAGUUUUUAUCAUGGUUUCACCACCUGGACCUGACAAAAAGCCAGCGUAUAAAGUCGCCGAUUUAUCAGCUGCCGACCUUGGAAGGCGUUAUAUUAGUUUGGCUGAAAAUGAAAUGCCUGGUUUGAUGACAAUGCGCACACGUUAUGGACCAAGCAAGCCCCUAAAGGGAGCUCGCAUUGCUGGUUGCUUGCAUAUGACAAUACAAACAGCUGUUCUCAUUGAGACACUUACUGAACUGGGAGCUGAGGUGCAGUGGUCUUCCUGUAAUAUUUUCUCCACUCAAGACCAUGCUGCAGCUGCAAUAGCAAAAACUGGUGUUCCAGUGUAUGCUUGGAAAGGGGAAACUGAUGAGGAAUACUUGUGGUGUAUUGAACAAACUUUGAUUUUUCCUGAUGGGCAACCUUUAAACAUGAUAUUGGAUGAUGGUGGUGACCUGACGAAUUUAGUUCAUGACAAAUAUCCUGAAUUAAUGAGUGGUGUAAAAGGUUUGUCUGAAGAAACUACUACUGGUGUGCAUAAUUUAUACAAGAUGUUCAAGAACAACACGUUAAAGUGCCCUGCAAUUAACGUAAAUGACUCUGUAACUAAGUCCAAGUUUGAUAACUUGUAUGGUUGUCGCGAAUCUCUUGUUGAUGGGAUCAAACGCGCAACAGAUGUGAUGAUUGCUGGCAAGAUUUGUGUUGUGGCUGGGUAUGGCGAUGUUGGAAAAGGAUGUGCUCAGGCAUUAAGAGCAUUUGGGGCUCGUGUUAUUAUUACAGAAAUUGACCCUAUUAAUGCUUUACAAGCAGCAAUGGCAGGUUACGAAGUGACAACCAUUAAUGAAGCAUGCAGUAAAGCACGUAUCUUUGUUACAUCGACUGGAUGUUCCGGCAUCAUCACUGGAGAACAUUUUCAAAAAAUGGCAGAGGAUACAAUUGUUUGCAACAUUGGACAUUUUGACUGUGAAUUGGAUGUCCAAUGGCUGAAUGACAACUGCAAAAAAGAGGUUGUAAAACCACAGGUUGAUCGGUACACUCUUCCAAACGGCAAUCACAUCAUUUUACUUGCUGAAGGUCGUCUUGUGAACUUGGGAUGUGCUCAUGGCCAUCCAAGUUUUGUGAUGAGUAAUUCAUUCACGAAUCAAGUUCUUGCACAAAUCGAAUUGUGGCAGCGACAUGACCAAUACACACUUGGUGUCCAUAUGCUCCCAAAAAAGCUCGAUGAGGAAGUUGCUCGUCUCCACUUGGAACACUUAAGUGUCAAGCUUACAGAGUUAACUGAUGAACAAGCAGAGUAUUUGAAUCUACCCAAGGGUGGACCAUACAAACCAGAACAUUACCGAUAUUAACUUGCUCUAUGUGUAGUUAGGAUUUUUUUUAUACCCAAUUAGAAAUUGAUUCUGAAAAGUGUAGUCAUGUAGCACAACCUUAACUCGUUUACAUGUGAUUUUGGUUUCGUACUGAAAGUUAUUUUAGUAAUAUUACAAGUUUUGCAGACAAACUUUUCUAUUUUAAUUUUACCAAUAUGAUAAAUCUGUGACUGUUCAGUUUUAUAAUUAUUUUCUUCAAUACUGCAGUAUUUUAUUUUGUAAUAAUACAAGUUGAUGCAACUAAAA